CACACAAGUUGAAGCAUAAUUCUUUAUGCAAGAGAACACAUUUUUAUUUCGACAAAAAACAGUUUUAUUCAUAAAAUAUCGUGUUAAAUAGUUUUUUGAAGUGAACAAAACGCCAAAAUAAAUACGAUCGCUCGGGAAAUGCGAACGAAAGAUUUUGGUGAAACAACAAAAAAGUUGUUCAAAGAAGGUAAAAUGUCACGUAAACGUGCACAUAGGCAGUUAAUCACUGAAUCCAGUGGGUCUGAGGACAGUGCGGAACCCGUUCCACCGAAAAUAACACGGGCUUGGGAUGCAUAUUGUUGGAUUUGCCACGUCAGCAAUGCAAAACACCGAUGUUCAACAUGCAUACGAUCAUAUCAUUCUCGGUGUAUUGGUACCAAAGAAGCCGAUCAUAAAUCGGGCUAUCGUUGUGAAUUGUGCGUUCGUUUGGAAGCGGCAGAGAACGACUAUAUCAAAAGAGGCGUUAAAAUGGAUCACCUUCACAGAAUGUUUGAACUCAUCACCGAUCGACUACUGAAAAAUGACGAUUUCAAACGCCUAGGAACUACAUUUUCCAGACUUCGAAAGCCAGUGGUUAGCGGCCCAAAUAUCAUCAAUCCAUUUGAUUUCAAUAUUAUUUCGGAAAAGGUUAAAGAUCUUCGGUACAAGACAACAUUGGACUUCAUGACCGACAUCAGGUGGAUUCGGCAUAAUGCGGAAAUUGUACUAAAUGAGAAUGAUGCUCGUUUGGGUUGGUCGCGACAAUUGGAAGAAAUAUGCGAAAAGGAAGUUUAUGAUGUCGAAAUGUGUGGCGAGUGUUUUGAACGAGCAAAUCAAAUUUCACCAAAUGAGUGGUUUACUGAAGUGUGUAAUCCGCCGCAUUGUCUAGUUUGGGUCAAAUUGAAAGGUAAUCCAUACUGGCCAGCAAAGGUUAUUGCUUUUGCCGAUAAAUUCCGUAGUAAAAUUGAUGUGCGGUUCUUUGGAAAACAUGAAAUGUUGAACGUUGCAACCCAUGAUUGUUUUCUCUAUUCGGAAAAUCCAAACCAAAAUCUCAAUGAAAGCGAACGCAUUGAAUUUGAUGCGGCAGUCAAGGAGGCCGACAAAUACAUCGAAAAUAUCGAGAAAAAGUAUUCAUGCACAAUAAAUAGGCCGCUUCCAACAUCGAUAUUCAAUGCAAAUCACAUUGGUGACCAUCUCACGGAUAUGAUUCCAUCGCCAAAACUUAAUCUCGACAAAAACUACAGUCUCAAAACAAAACCGACCUAUUUGAGAAAAUUUCGACGUCGCAAAGUACUGAAUUCAUCCGCCCUACCAGCCAUUAACAGUUCAAUGGAAUCGAAACCAAAUCGGUUGAAAGAUUGUUUUGUUCGUGUGGAACGUUGUGACAAAAUGUUGAAUAAAGAACACAUUGAAUUCAUUCGAAUGAUGAAUUCUAGCUAUUCGGGUUUAGAAGAAGCAAGUGAAAGUCAACAGAGCAAUGACGAAAACGAUGUAUAUGAAGAUGAGACCGAGCACAUUGAGGCCGACUACACCGAGAACACAGCGACAAAGCACACUGAAACCGAGCACACAGAGCAAAUUGAGACCGGCCAGCAAGCCAAAGGGGAACAACACAAAAAACAGAGCAAUAAGUAUGAAAUGAUGAUACAUUUGAGUGCUGGAGUCGAGCCCGAAAUUGACAGUGAACCGGAACUCAAAAAUAUCAACGCUAUUCAGAUGAUAAAUAACGAAUUGGUUGCGAUUGUAAUAUCAUCAGACGAAGAAGAAACCGAACAAGAACGUCCAAACACCACAAAUGAAACUCAAAUUUCAAAAGAAAUAAAUGCAUACUCGAGCCCGUCAUCUGAUGAUGAAGAGCACAGUGUAUUCCAAAAUAAACCACCAGCCCGUACAUAUUCAAAACGGAACAGCGUAUCAAGCGAACAAAAUACUAAUAAAAUGCUCAACAGUGAUUCACAAACUUUGGUUGGUCGAAAAUCAUACGGCUUGUUGCAUAGGCAUUAUGCUGUUCGAAAGGAAUCAAUCGAAGACAAAACGACCGAUGCUUCUCAUCAUGUGGAUCCAAUAAACAAAUCAAAUACCGAAAAUCCACAAUGCAAUGACUCGGUAGUCAUGCCAAAAGUUUCAAACGAUUUUAACCGGGAAAUUUCUCAUAGUGAUACUGAAACGGACAACGAACUAAUGGACAUGGAACUAGAAAUUCCCGCACCGCAGCCCGAUUCUCCGCUUGACCAUCUUCUUAAAAGUCCGACCAAAGAGUUUCACGUCGAAAAAAUUCCCGAAUCUCCAAGCGCACAAUAUACGGAAGAAAUCACAACAAAUGCGGAGACGGAACAUCAAAUCGAACCAGAACCAGAAUCACAACAAUUCGAUAACAAUUCACCACAAACAAUUGAAAAUGGUGCACAAAGUCCGGAUCAUAAUUUGCAUUCGAACGCAAAUAUUCAAUCGAAUGAAAUUGAUCAAUCUGAUAUUAUGCCAAAGGCAAACAUUGAAGGAACUCACAAUGCUGAAUCAACCUUAAAAAAUCAAAAAGUUGUUGAACAAUCCGAAAAGCUAGAGCACAAUGAGCAAAUUCAACAAGUUGAAAUUACUUCAAACCAGAAUAGUUCAGCACAAAAACCGAACGAAAUCGAUUCGAAUGUAAGCUCACCAGUGAGAACGGCAACUCCAGUACAAUCAACGCGUGAUCACGAAUCUGAAUGCGCCACACAAGCAAUUCAACAAAAUACAACUCAAGCCAACAUUCAGUCGGUAGACGAAUUGUUGAAACAAACAACCACAAAAAUUGAUCAGUUGGAAAGUGAAUUGAAGCAAAAAGACAAACUGAUCGACGAAUUGAAAGCACAAAACAGUAAAUUGAUGGCAAACCAUAAUGUGGAUGUGCAAAAUGCUAUACAAGAAACGAAAAACAAAAAUUGGUGCUUCGUUUGCAAACGAGAGGCCAAAUCAAUGUUAUUCAUACCACCUUCUUGCAGUAAAAAAUGCUUACACAUUUUAUGGUUGCAAGGCAUCAAAGAAAAUCCCAAAAAUGAAGCGAACUAAAAAUAAAAUCGAGAUGUCUGCAAAACAGGCCAAUAUUGAACCACAGCAAGUAUUUGCAGAUGGACCCAAUUCACUAUUCAGUGCGAGUUCGCGGAUAUUUUUUUUAUAAACAUUCGAAAAUAGAGGAAAAAUUAUUUAAAUAGUCAUCAAAUUGAAUUUUGAAGAAACAUAAAAACAUAAGUCAAUUUUCAUAAAUUACCUUUUAUAUUGGUAAAUAAUUUGUAAGGAAAAUUUAAUUGAAAAAGCUUAGAAAAUCGAAAAUAUAUCCGCAAAGGAUAACAUAAAACUAAUAUGAAUCAAAUGAAAUAUAGGGAAUUUCGAUCGAUUGAAAUUUAUUGAAUAAAAAUCUUAACAUUUUCAAUAAAAUUACAGGUUUUCA